CUGAUCGGAGUAGUUUUUAAGCAUGGAAAGUACUGAUUCAUCCACGUCAUCACAACAACCGCAGCUGCCUCCGGGGUUUCGCUUCCAUCCCACCGAUGAAGAGUUGGUGGUUCACUACCUGAAGAAAAAGGCCGCCGCUAUCCCACUUCCGGUGGCCAUCAUAGCAGAAGUUGACCUCUAUAAGUUUGAUCCAUGGGAGCUUCCAGCAAAGGCGGCGUUUGGAGAACAAGAGUGGUAUUUCUUCAGCCCUAGAGACCGGAAGUAUCCAAACGGAGCAAGGCCAAACCGGGCGGCGACGUCAGGGUACUGGAAAGCCACCGGAACUGAUAAACCGGUGUUGACAGCCGGCGGAACACAGAAAGUUGGGGUGAAGAAAGCUCUGGUUUUCUAUGGAGGUAAACCACCGAAAGGUGUGAAGACCAACUGGAUCAUGCAUGAGUAUCGACUCAUUGAUAAUAAAUCCAUCUGCAAACCUCCUGGCUGCGAUCCUGCAAAACAUAAAGGCUCUUUAAGGUUGGAUGAUUGGGUUUUAUGUCGAAUCUACAAGAAAAGCAAUAUGCAGAGACCAAUGGAAGGUGAUCAUCAUGGUGGCAGCACCGGCGGUGACCUCACCAUAAACGGCAUGCUACAAGUAUCUCCACCGCCGUGCCGGUUACUCAACCACCAUCAGGGUAUUAUAAAACCCACCGGCGCCGGCGGCUGCACAGGGUAUAACAAUAUCAUAUUGGAAAAUCAUCAUCAUGACCAACACAACAACAUUAGUUUAUUUGACAACAUGCUAAACUCCAACGUCGAUGAUGACAACGAUAACAUCAACAACAACAACAACAACAUUGCUUCCACUUCGAAUCUCCUUUCAUCAUCGUCACCGGCGGCGUACACGAAGAUGUUUCUGACGACAAACAGUAUUUCCGGUGGAAGUCCGAUGGGUGCACAACCGACGGCCACCACGGAGGAAAACAAUAAUGGGUCGAUGGGGAGUUUAGUGCUGCCACAGCUUCACCAGCAAACAAUGGUGAUGGGUCCCGGAGAAAGUAUUUUCCGGCAACCGUAUCAGUUGCCGGACAUGAAUUGGUACGCUUAGAUGAAAUUUUGGGAAGUGGGUAUGAAUGGAAUUUGAAGGAACAUAUGAAAAGAUGGAAUUUUUGUUAAUUUUGGUAAGACAAAAUGGACAUGCAGUUGGUGUGAAUGGGAAGGUGGUUUGGUAAGAUGCCAUGGAUGAUAUAUUUGAUGAAGCAGUGAGAAAGCUGAGGUAGAGUAGAUAUAGAAGACAAGUAUGU